UUUUGUAUAUUUUCAUUAGAGAUUUCAUUAGAGAAAUACGAGUUUUUGAAUAUGUGUUUGGGUCAUAAAAACUAAUCUGAUUUAGUGGGCUUUUAAAAAUAUUUUAAGCCCAGGUCAUCACCAACAAUUUUCCAAAGUAUCGUUUCUUUCUUCUCAGCCGACUGUCGUAUCUUCUUCUUCUCUUGCCUUUCCCCUUCCACCUCUUUCGUUACUCUUCUCCAGAUCCGUUUCACCACUAUCUGAUCUAAUCAAUCAUCUUAUUGAACUUAAUCAAUGGAUUCCUUUCACCUUCCUCUUCGUUUCUCUAUUUAUAAAUCUCUUUCCAUAGUUUAUGUUUCCAUUAAAAUCCAUAAGAUUCUCUCAAGUAACUAUCUCGAUGGAAUCCAAAGACAACUCUGCGGUCUCCAGCGAUCAGAAGACCAACGAGAAGACGUUCGCUUCCUCCGUGACUAUGAAGCCACACGGGAAGUCUACUGCUGCCUCGGCGAUUGCGGCGAAACCUAACGGCAAGAGUGUUGUUUCAUCUGACAUUCCGAAGAAGCAAAAAUCUGCUGUUGCUCUCUCCUCCGCGCAUGGCGACCGAUCGAUGUUCUUCAGAGAUGUUUCAUUCGGCCCACACGAAGCUGAGCUGAGGUUUCGUCUGAUUCACUUUUGGGAGGCUCGAAAUCCAAACACGAAAGAACUCAUCGGACAGGAGAUGCUUCUUAUUGACGAAGAGGUUCUUCUAAAAAUUGUUCUUUAUUAAUUUCUACUGUUUUAAAAUUGGUUGAUUGAGAUGGUAUUUCUGAUAAUGUCAAUUCCAAAUGAUUUAUAGGGAACUGUCAUCCAAGGUUUUAUUACAGCAGGUCGGGUUGGGAUGUAUAAACUGACAUCAGGUUCUAUUUAUAAACUGAGUAACUUCUUUGGAUCCAGAAGCAAAGUCCAGUUUCGGGUUGCUGAUCAUAGGGCCACCAUUUCGUUCUCUUGGAACUCUGAUUUGAAAGUUCUCGAGAACCAUCCGGUCCCAAUUCUCGAAGACAGGUUCAGGUUCCAUAGCUACGAGGAGUUUCAGGCCAACUGCGACCGCAGACUUGAUCUUUAUGAUUAUGUUGGCCACAUGAAACUGGUGAAUGGGCAGACUAUCACUGACCACACUGCUCUUGAUGAAGUUGACAUAGCAGAGAGGCGGCAUCUGUGUGUUCAUGUACAAACACAUGACGGACCAGUGAUGAAGCUCUAUCUAUGGGACAAUGCUGCAUCCGAGUUCUGCCAGAAGUUCAUAUCGUAUGGACGGACUCCAACCGUUCUUUUGGUCACCACAGUAAACCCUAAACAUCUUGGAGGAACCCUUGCUCUUGCUUCUAUGGCAUCAUCUAGAGUGUUUAUGGAUACUGAUGUCCAGCCUACCAAGGAUUAUCUUGCAUGGCUGAGCUCUAACUUGGACAUUGCUAAUAAGAUUACGGCAGAGGUUGUCACUAAGCCUGAGCCAGUAACACUAGAGGAGCUAUACACUUACAUCAAGCAGGAGACUGCUAAGGUUGCUUGGUUUGAGUGCACAGCAACUAUAGAUGAUAUUGUCCAGAGUUCUUCUUGGUAUUAUAUUUCUUGCGGUGGAUGUAAUAGUAAGGCAAUCAAAGGGCCUACUUCACUGAUUUGCAACAAUAAGAAGUGUGUGAAAAGGGAGGUUACAGGCGUUCCUCAAUAUCUCACUAAGAUUGCUGUUUAUGACAAGAGUGAACAAGCAGUUUUUGCCAUUCUUGGUGAUGCUGGUAAAGAGUUGACUGGGAAGCAUGCAUCCGAAUUGGUUGCCAAAUAUUUUGAGUCAAAUGAGGGAUUAGGAGCUGACCAUCCCGUGCCGGUUCCGCAAGCUUUACUUGAUACGAUAGGGCACACGCACAAGUUCAUUGUCAAAGUCUCAGAUCAUAACCUAACAGGCAAGACUCAAACCUUAACUGUCACAAAGAUACAUCCACCAGAAGCUCCACUUGCUAUAGCACACUUGGAAGAAGGCACUACUCCAGCAGUGUCCGAUGAUGUUUUGAAGGGUGUAGGUGAUGAAUCUGGUUCUUCUACAAGCUUUGAGCAUUCUGCUGGUGAUAGGGUUAGAAAAUCCUCUGAGAGUCUUGAAUCACUUGAAUCAAAGCGUUCCAAGAGUGGCUAAUAAAGCCUCAGCCUAUCCUCUUAUGCAGUGAUUGUGUGUUGCUGCAGUUUAAGUAAUGGUCUUAUGUGGCUAAUAAGUUUUAGGUACUGGUUUGUUUAUUAAGUUAUUGUGCUUUGUUUCUUUCAUAUCCAAACUUUGUCUUUGCAGCAUCUGAACUAUCUUUGUUAAAACUUUUUUGGUUAUCCUUAUGUUUGCUACUUCUUUUUGUUAAACAUUUUAGUAUUGAUGUAUCUGAUGCUUUAUACUUUUAGGUUCGAUAUUUAAAUUGGGUCAUGUGGACUUUA